AUCACUGAUUUGACAAGACAUAUAACGCUGUUCUAGCGCAAAUGAUGACAUUGCUACGAAACAGAGUAUUUCUGCAAAGCCUAGCAGCCAGGCUAUUGGGUCACUCAAGAGCCCCAGUCAUUCAUUCAAGUAAUAACCCGGCCCUCUUCUACGCUGGUCACCUCGUCACUCGCUUGGCGUUUCAUCAUAAACUGCUUUCGUCUUCAACUCCCACAACCAUGGAGAGGUCUAUAGAAAGCCAGGAAAUCAAACGGCCUACGACAGCUAUCAGAUCAGCUGCCCUUGCUGAUGCCACAGCGAUCGCCGAACUUGGCGCGCACGUAUUUACGGUUACGUUUGGUCAUUCAGUUGAGCCGCAUGAGCUGCAAGCAUUUCUCGACGAGGCUUACAGCCUCAAGGCGAUCAUGAAAGAUCUCAAAGAUCCAAACAAGGACACAAUCAUGGCUACUGAUUCAACGGGCGAUAUCUUGGGCUUCGCCAUGCUCACUCGGGGCACAUCCGAGCCGUGCCUGAACCACCUCGACGGGCUUGUCGAGCUGCAACGCAUAUACAUGUAUCCCAAAGCACACGGCACGGGCGCCGGCAAGCUCCUAGCGAGCAAGUUGGAGGAUAUGGCUCGGGAUCAAGGAUUCAAAUACAUUUGGUUGGGUGUCUGGCAAGAGAACCACCGGGCGAAAAAAGCAUACGAGAAGUGGGGGUACAAGGCAUGCGGCACCCAUGACUUUGCUGUUGGUCCCGUAGUACAGACUGACGACAUCAUGGUGAAAAGGCUCUGAAUAGAAGGCUCCAAGUUAUAUGGUACAAUCCAUCUUAGAAUGUGAAGGGGGCUUAUCAUGCUUAGGCGAGCUUCCUUUUACAGUCAUCUAAAGAAUGAGAUGCCGAAGAGGAACAAAAUGAUGCUUAGACAUGUAGGCCAUAGGCUGCAAGUGCAAGAGGACAAGAAUCAUAGAGAAAGCAUAUCCAAAGCGGGGAGUCGUUCGGCCAGAACAAUCAAGAGAGCUGUCUUCACAUCACAAGGGAAGAAACAGCCCAUGGUUCAUAAUUAUCUACCAGAGCCCCUCUUUUACAUUUUCUUCCAGUCAUAUGCCAG